AAGGAAGAAGUAGGAAGCAGGACGCAGUGGACCUCAGCCGGAUAUAUCACAGGGCUGCUGAUAGGAAUCCAGGUCCUUUCCCAUGAGCCUUUCAGCCACCAAGGCCAUGGACUUCAGAGGCUCCUCAGGUAUCCAAGCAGAGCCUCGAUGUUCCGUGAGCGAGCACCUCAACUAUAACGAUGAGGAGCUGGAUGAGGAGACCAUGAACUUCAUUUCUGCUUUGUAUACGGCCUUGGGGCCCCUCUUGCCCGAAGUCACCAAGCUCCAGGGCCACCAGGACCCCCCCGCCCACCUGAUGGUUGACAUGAAGACCAAGCUGAGGGAGCUGGGCUCAAGCGUCUCCGAUGCACGGAAGCGGCUGCUGAAGUACAACAUCUACCUGAAGAAGAAGCUGGCCAGAGCGAUGCAGGAGAGGAAGGCCCUCCGGGAGCAGCAGCUGAGGCAACAAGGAGUCAGUGAGCAGGCCAGCUCUGCGCAUGUGCCAAGGCCCGAGGUGGCUCCAGGGAAGUCCAGGCUGGGCACCGAGAAGAACAUUCUGGAGAUGCCGGCGGCCGAAAUGAUCAAGACAAAACAACCGGAUCGGAUUCAUCGAAGGAGCGAUACAAUGGAAGACCGUGCCCGGACGUGCAUGACCCCCCAAGGGAUCCUACAGAGAAAUAUCUGCAAAGUGGAAAACAUUUCUUCCCGCCCUCUGGACAGAAGCUCCCUGUGACCACCGAAGGAGAGACGUGGUUCCUUUCGCUCCCUCUUCUCCACCCAACCCCCACCCUCCCACCCCCGGACCCCCAAGAUGGCUGUGAGGUCGGCCAAGGCUGAGCACUGACCCCUCCCUGCCCAACGCAAUAAAUCCAUUGAGGUGCACGGCCUUCGCGUGGCAUCUUCUCUUGGGCCGUUGGGGAGUAUUUUCAAGGGGC